AUGAUGAUCCAUUUGUCAAGUUUUAUAUUUCGAAUAGGAUUAAUAAAGAGGAUUUUAUGUAAAUACACUGAAGGCAUUCUCGUCUCGGCACAAGCCUUCUGUUUCACGAUCUCGAAAGUGGUGUUCGCUUCAUUAUCCGAUCAUAUACCGUUUGCAAAGUUAAUCUUCCUUGGCAUGAUUGGAGUUGGGCUGGCUACGGUAAGCGCCUCGAUGAGCACAUCUUUCUACGAAUUGCUUGUAACUGUGAUUAUCAAUGGAUGUGUACAGGGAGCCGGUUGGACACCGUCGACAUUGCUCAUCAAAAAGUGGAGUCCUGAGAUCGAUUUCGGUUCGUGGUACUCGCUUUUCGGGGCGUCGAACACGAUAUCGGGUAUGGUGUUACCGUAUGCCGCUUUUCUGCCCUGGAGAAUCGCUUGCUGGUAUGCAGGUGCAAGUACCCUCCUCUGGCUUUUGAUCUCCUUCAAAUUCUUGAGAGAAGAUUUUAAUUCAAUGGAAAAUGUUAACAAAGAUGAAGAGGAAGUGAAACUGGAAACUGGUCUAAAAGACGUUCUCACAUCAACAGCCGUUCUUCAUGUGGCUUUUGCGUACGCAUAUCCGCUAUCGAUGCGCACUGUUUGCGAGACGUGGUUUCCGGUGGAUUUGAUCGAGAGAGGGAUCUCGCCAAGCGGUUUUCAGUUCUUCAACGAGGCGGGAGGUCUAACAGGCGUGCUUGUCUCUGGGAUGAUUGUCGAUUUCAUUUCGCGACGUGUUGGAGUAGAAACAUCGAUCCGGAAUUGCGCGGGGAUUUCAACGAUUUUCAUGAUGAUCAUCAUCACAUUGAGUAUUUAUACCGUAUCGGCAGCACCAUCGGUUUUCGGGUUCCUCUGCGGCUUCUCGUAUCAAGCUUGUAUCAAUUGCUGGGGCUUGUGCAUCUCGAGAAUUGCUCCGUUGAAUGUGCAAGGCUCGGCGAGUGCCCUCAUCUCACUCGUGGCUAAUAUUGGUUCUGUGCUGGCUGGAGCACCGUUGAGUUGGCUGCAAGGAGAGGAAGGGAUCGCCUCGUUGGGAUUACUCUUUUUCGGGCUCACCGUGCUUGCUUCAUUCCUCUACACGCUGAAGUUGCCGAUUCAAAUGGAGGCGACACGGAAAGAGAAAGCUGAA